AUGGCGGAAUUAGAUCAUUACGGUGUUAGAUUGCCAAGAAACGGCGAUUUAUCUUAUCAUAUCAUUAAGUUUUGUUCACAACCGCUUCCUAUUAAAAGAUCAAUAUUACAAGAAUUAAAACUAAAAGAUCUUUUGAUCUUUUUAUCCAAACUUGGUACAGACGAAUCUACAUUUCAAUCAUUAAAAUGGUACAACAAAAACAGACUUGAACUUGAAUAUCAUCCUCCUCCAACUAUCACAAAUACUGAUGACGACAACUAUGAGGAAAAGUUAGAUGUAUAUCUAAAAAGACUUGCGGCAACUCAGUCUUACUUUAAUUCGAUUAGACAUAUUGGAAGUCAAGUUGCUGUUCCGAUUCAUUUAUAUAUUUCCUCCACUGAUGAAUUCCCUUUCUUUUACAACAUUCUUGACACAGCUUCUAAUUAUGAUUUAGAACUUGAUUUCCUAGAAUUAAAGACAUCAGAAUUAGUUAUGCUCAAAAGGUUUGAAUAUUAUAAUUAUGUGACAUCGCUUAAUCUUUCCCAAACAAUUAUCAACAAUAACACUACCACCUUAGAUUUAAGAAAAUUCUUAAAUUUACAAAAAUUACAGCUAGGUCCAUAUUUAAAUCUUAACAUAAAACUUGCCAACAAUGGUAUCAAGCUAGAAUCACUUACAAUGGAUGGGAGAUUUAAUACAGAUUUUAUUAGAAGUUGCAAAAAUUUGAAACGCAUUAGUUAUAAUUUGGGAGGUGAAUCAUUUUCUACAAAAGUAUUACCUACUAGUUCAUUAAAACAUUUAAAAAUAUGGUCAGAUUUUAGAGGUGGUAAGCUUUUAAUAGACUCUUUUGCCCAAUUUAAUUUAAAAUCAAUUGAGUUAAAUUUGCAUGAUGCUGUCAUAUCACCAGAUUUAGCUGUCGGUUUCCCGCCAGGACUCACAAGCUUGGUUCUCAUAGGUCCAAUAAGCGGCAAUAUUUUCAAAUUAUUACCAAAGAAAUUAAGAAAAUUGGAGUUAAUUUCCACAUCAACUUCAACUUCAUUUAAGUUAGAUGGUCCAUUUACUUUUCCUGAUACGCUAGAAGUUUUGAAAAUUAAGGGCUUUAUAAUUAUUUCAGAUUUUGAUACCGAAAUGAAUUUUCCUUCUCUAAAGAGAAUAGAUUUGAACAAUACUUUCUUUAUUAGACCUCUAAAUGAAUUCAAAUUUAAUAAAAAUAUAUUAGAAAAGAUAACGAUAACGAAAUAUGGCAACUCAGAUGCAUAUUCAUUCUCUAAUGUUAAUUUUCUGUAUUAUGAACAACUUAAAGAAAUUAAAUUAAAUUCGACGAAUUUAGUUUACUCAAAUCUCAAACUUCCAACCUCUUUGAUCAACAUCUUUAUUAGGAAUGAGUCAAUCCCUGAAAUAACUAAGUCUGAUCCAUUAUUUAGUAAAAACAGUCGGUUUCCACUUCUCACAAAUGUUGUAUUAGAAGAUUGUGGUAUUCAAAAAAUAAGUCCAGAUAUUCAUUUACAUAGUAACGUCAAACACUUUACUUUAUUCGGCAGCUCUAUUAAAUCUUUUACAUUUAAUAGCACUUUCUUUAUGAGUGAAAAGUUGCUGACAUUGGUUUUAGGUUGUGUUGAAAAAUUACAGUUUGCUCAAAAUGAGCAUAGUGACGCUAAACAUAAAACGAAUCUCGAACAUUUGACCAUUACGAUUCCUAAUCAGUUUAACCUUCAACCUGAAUUCUACUCUAGAUUUCAAAAAUAUUUUGGAAAACGCUUGAAAUUACCUCUAGAAUAUGUCGCUCAAGAUCACACUCAAUUUGAAUUUUGUCUUGAAUAA